AUGGACGGACGUGGCAGGCCCGUGAAGAGGGAGGAGGAGCUGGACAACCCGAGGCGUGAUGCGCAGGGCAACCUGAACGAUUUCGAGGGCGUGCGAGAGGCCCAAGGGUCGAGGCGGCCGAGCACGACGAUGGGCACCGACAGCGCACUCCCCUUCGAGCAGAUGGCGAGGCUCGACGGCAGACAGGAGCAGGAUGAGAUGCUACAGCGACGGCGCAACGGCCAGCGACGCGGCUCCAGGACGAAUCUCGAGGAAGUAAUCGAAACGAGCGCGGCGAUUCCUGCCUCUUCCUUCCUCUACGCGCUUCAGCAGCAGCGCCAACAGCAGAUGCAGCAGCAGAUGACGGCAGGCGGACUCAAGACGUUCCCGAGCUUGGGGCCAACCUCUCCCGAAUCUGCAGUCGAUUGGAACCAGCUUCCAUCCAGCUUUGUGGCGGGCGAUGCCGACGCGCCUCCUGCCGAACCCGAACGUCCCAUCGCCUCUCGCGGACGCCGGCCCUCCAUCGGCCAGCUUUUCUAG